AUGGCUGAUCCAUCACGUGGCGGAGAUAUGGUUGUGAGAGAGUAUAGUAAAGGAAACUGGACGGUGAGUGAGACUUUGGUGCUCAUAGAAGCCAAGAAGAUGGACGAAGAGAGGCGUGUGCGUCGGUCUACUACCGGCCUUACGCCGGAAAAGCGACCGGAAAUCCGGAACAGGCCGGCGUCGGAGCUCCGGUGGAAGUGGAUAGAGGAGUAUUGUUGGAGGAAAGGAUGCCUGAGGAACCAGAAUCAGUGCAACGACAAGUGGGACAAUCUCAUGAGAGACUACAAGAAGAUCAGAGAAUACGAGAGAUGGAGGGUAGAACCGUCUUUUACCACCGGCUCUUCCUCCUCGGCGGCGGCUUCGUCACCGUCGUACUGGCAGAUGGAGAAGAGUGAGAGGAAAGAGAAGAACUUGCCGAGCAAUAUGUUGCCUCAGAUAUACGAGGCGUUGGCUGAGCUUGUCGACAAGAAGAGCCUACCUUCCUCCUCCUCCCCCGCCGCCGCCGCCGGAAAUGGUCACGGUGGCUCUUCCGGCGUUCAGAUCGUUAGAGUGUGCCAACAAAAUUUAGGAUUUGUAGCUCCGGUAACGGCUCAGCCGAUGCAUCAACUCCCGGCUACUAUUGUAUUAACUCUUCCGCAACCACAACCGCCACCGCCACAACCUCUAGUCUUAUCACAUCCUCCGCCGCCUCCACCUCUACCGUCCACAUUCCAUGCUGAGCCUAUACAGCCCACAGUAGACACAUCGUCGCGGGCGAAGCGAAGGAGAACAAAGCCGGGAGAAACAAACGGUGGAGGAGGGAAGGAGGCAGAGGAGGUUGCGGUUGGAGCGGCGUUAUCAAGAAGCGCGUCUUUGAUCGCACAAGUGAUGAGAGAGAGUGAGGAGAGACAAGAGAGAAGACAUAAGGAAGUGGUGAGGCUGAAAGAGAGGAGACUUGAGAUUGAGGAAACAAAAGCAGAGAUAAACAGACAAGGGAUGAGUGGUUUGGUGGAUGCCAUUAAUAAACUCGCAACCUCCAUCCUUGCUUUGGUUUCUUCUUCAUCUUCUUGUCAUAACAAUCAGAAUCAUCAAGAAGGUGCACCAUGA